AUGUCGAACCCCAACGCCCUCCUCCUCCUCGCCGACCACAUUAAGUUGUCUCUUCUCGAGCAGCAGCGCGCCAAGACACUCAAGCUCCGGCGAGACUCGCAAGACGGCCACAUCUCUCGCUCACUCGACCAGUUCCGCGAAGGCCUGGAAUCACUCGAGAAGGAGCAUCAGCGGCUGCAAGAAGCCGGCGAUGAAUCCAAAGCGUCCACGCUCAGCGACACCCUCGCCUCCUUGCGCAAGCAAUACACCGACCUCUCCUCGCAAUUCCAAGGACACGCCUCGCCCUCCACGACCUCGACCCUAACGCACCCCAACGACCCGUCUCUUGCAUCAGAUUUCGCCCACGCCCAGUCCUCCCACGCCGAACCCUCCUCCCCACCACCACCGCCGCCCCCUCAAAAGGACACCCCUCCCCCCGUCCCCCCAACCAAGAAAGCAGUCCGCUUCUCCUCCCCCUCCACAGACCUCGAAUCCCAACAAAAACAGCGCCGCAACCUCUUCCCCUACCGCGACGACCCCGACUCUUCUUCCGACCCGGACAGCGCCGGCUACGCAGACCACAUUGCCUCCGCCCAGCUCUCUAACACCCAGAUCCACGCCUACCACCAGCAAAUUCUGCAGGACCAGGACGCGCAGCUUGACGCGCUGGGAGCGUCCAUUGCGCGACAGCGGGAGCUGAGCAUGCAGAUCGGCGACGAGCUUGACAGCCAGGUGCUGCUGCUGGACGAGAGCGAGCGGGCGGCGGACCGGCAAAUGAACGCGCUGGGCCGCGCGCGCCGGCAGGUCGGCCGGGUUGCGCGCCGCACCGCGGGGAGUGGGGAGGGGAGGCAGUUGGGGGCGAUUGUGGUGCUGAUUAUUGUGUUGGUGCUGCUGAUUGCAAUCUUGAAGUGA